UAUUUUCAAAGUGACAAUUGCGAAGAUGAUGCGUUUAGUUAUCUUUGUAUGUUAUUUUAACUCAAUGAUAUUAUGUUUUUCUCCCAUGGUAAGGGUUGAAGAAGGUGAGCUUGUAGGCACUUCUUACGAGCUGCCUAAUGGACGCAUUGUUGACGCAUAUUUAGGAGUUCCAUACGCAGCUCCCCCCAUUUUUGAGCACAGAUUUAAGGAACCUCAAAAAUUGAAUUCAUGGAAGGGUGUAUGGAACGCGACAAAAUUUUCGAGUCAUUGUUUGCAAAUAGAACCUGUAAAACCAUAUUCAAUUUCCGGCGAAGAAGAUUGUCUUUAUUUAAAUAUCUACAAACCUAAAGUAAAAACCAAUAUCUCUCUUGAUGGAGAUGCUUCUUUGAUGGAUGUUAUGGUCUUCAUACACCCUGGAGCUUUUAUGUACGGUAGCGGUGGCAUAUUUUAUCCGGAUUAUAUUUUACAAAAUGAUGAUAUCGUUUAUGUCAGUAUCAACUAUCGACUGGGAGUUUUAGGAUUUUUCAGCACUGGUGAUGCAGUAGCACCCGGAAAUUUUGGACUGAAGGACCAGGUAGCUGCGUUAAAAUGGAUUCAACGUAAUAUUUUAAACUUUGGUGGCAAUCCUGCCAGCGUUACGAUUGUUGGCUGCUCUGCUGGUGGAGCUAGUGUCCACUAUCAUUUGAUCUCACCUUUGAGUGAAGGGCUUUUCCAUAAAGCUGCUUCAUUAAGUGGAACUGCAUUACCUGAGUGGACAUUACCAAAAAAUAUUACUCAAAAAUCGGUCCAACUAGCAGCAUUAGUAGGUUGUCCGACCUCCAAGGACACGGUGACCUGUUUGCAAAAGAGACCAGCUAGAGCGAUUGUUGAGCAAAUGAGAAAUUUUAUGAUCUGGAAAUAUUGUCCGUUUACAUCAUUUGGUCCAGUUGUAGAACCUGAGAGUUCAAAUGCAUUUUUAUCGAAACAUCCCCUUGAGUUAUUGAGAAACGGCAAAGUGAAAAAUUUACCUUGGAUGGCUAGUGUUAUGGAGAAAGAAGGAUUGUAUCCAGGGGCAGAAUACAUUCCUCAUGAUGACGUGCUCAAAGAACUAGACGAUAAAUGGAAUGAGAUAUCGCCAAAUUUACUCAUGUACAAUUUUAGUGUACCAGAGCAAAAAAGGGAUGCAGUUAGUAGUGAAAUUAAAAAAUUCUACUUCAACGAAAAACCUAUUUCAAAAGAAACUGUAAACCAACUGAUUCAGAUGCUAGGCGAUAGAUUAUUUUACAACGAGAUAUACGAAGCUGUGAAAUUACAUAGCCGGGCAACCAAAUCAAAUGUAUAUUGUUAUAAAUUCGCUUACCGUGGGAAAUAUAGCUUAACAAACUACAUUGCAGGAAAUUAUGAAAAUUAUGGGACCAGUCAUGGUGAUGAUAUUUCAUAUUUUAUACGGCAUCUUCCUACGGGUUCCCAGGAGACUGAAACGGAUAAAGCGAUGACCAAAUUCAUAUCCGCCAUUUUUAUUAAUUUUAUGAAAACUGGAUAUCCUAAUCUCGGAAUAGAAGUCUGGAAACCAGUUGCGAAAGACCAAAACACCAAUUUAUCUUGUUUAAAUAUUUAUUCUCCGAGCCGCGUUGAAUUUGAGGAUAUCUCAAAUGAACCUACAAGCAAAUUUUGGAAAAAUACGUUACCUGAUGAACAUCUUAUGAGUCGUGUUUCCUUAAAAAAAGAUGAGCUAUAAGUAUAAUAUAAAAUCAGGUGUUGUAUCUACCUACGACACCUACGUACCUAUCAAUUUAAAUUUUGUAAUUUGUUUUCAAGAUUUCAAAAAUGCAUAUUUCAAUAUUUUAUGUGUACGGUAUUUUUAUUUUAAAAUUUUUGAAAAUGUUUGCAAACUUUUGAAAGAUACAUUUUCUAUAAUUCAUUUUUUGGAACGUACUUAUUAAGAACUCUUUUGUUCUAUACAAGUUAUAGUAAAAAUACUAAACAGGAGGCUUGAAAUGGUAAGUGCAAAUAGGGAUUUCCUAUACUUAGCUCAUAUGACUUGCAAUUUUCAGAAUAGAGACUUACGUAAAAUAUUCAUACUUACGAGUAAUAUAAAAAUCACCAAGCGAGGUUAAAUUUGAAGUCAUAACUACCUAAUUCGAAAUUUUGGAAAUAUGUAUUAUCUAGCCGAUGAAAAGGUAUAUACGAGUAUUACCUAUCAUGAAUCAUGGAACAUUAACAAUGGACUUUUUAUGAAAAUAAAGCGUUGUAAUUUUAA